UACAUAAACGCGGGUAGAAGAAGAAGAAGCUGUUGCCAUAGUAACUGUUGUUAGCUGGAGCAGAUUUGUUGUUGGCUAAAUUUGGAGCUAGUUGUGUUGAUGCUGGCGGCGUCAGUUGUGUUACUAUUUUCUGCCUUGGGGAAAAACUGAUCAAAUAUACACAAAAGCGUUUUUUUCUGCUCUGAUUUGGAUCGGCACUGGAGGACAGAAGAUGUCAGGAGAUCUUGUAGCUGUGUGGGACGUGGCUUUGAGUGAUGGUGUGCACAGGAUUGAAUUUGAACAUGGCACAACCACAGGAAAACGGGUCAUUUACAUCGAUGGAAAGGAAGUCAUAAGGAGAGAUUGGAUGUUCAAACUGGUUGGAAAGGAGACUUUUCAUGUGGGUGGUACAAAUACAAAGGCCACUAUUAACAUAGAUGCAGUGAGCGGCUUUGCAUAUGAAUACACUCUCGAGAUUAAUGGACAGAGCCUGAAGAAGUACAUGGAGAAUCGCUCUAAAGUUACCAGCACAUGGCUCCUCAACCUUGAUGGCAUCGACUGCAGAGUGGUUCUGGAGAAAGAUACCAUGGAUAUAUGGUGCAAUGGACAGAAAAUGGAAACAGCUGGUGAGUUUGUUGAUGACGGCACAGAGACGCACUUCACUCUGGGUGACCAUGACUGCUGCAUCAAGGCAGUGAGCAGCGGCAAGAGACGAGAUGGCAUCAUUCACACGCUGCUGGUGGAUGGCAUGGAAAUCUCAGAGUCAGAAUGAUCUAUGUGAAUGAGUGUGUUUGGAUUAUCCAUCCUCAAGAAAAGUGUGUACUGUAAAUAUGGAAGUUGGGACAGCAUGUGCUCAUUUGUGACCACAGAUCAGCAUGUACUGGUACAGUAAUGGAUUUGUUUGAGACAAAUGUGUCUUACAAACACAUAAUGUAGUUUAAUUAUAUUUCUAUAUACCUCACAUAGCUUCAGUGGAUACUUGUUUUAACCCUACAAAUGUUUAA